AUGCACGAAGAUCUACGCAGAAGAGCUCUCGAGAGCCACAAGACGGUGUCGAACAAGGCCAAGUCGAAACAAUCGUCCCGGGCCAGUUCCCUGGCGGCGUCGGCUGCGAAUUCCCGAGUAGCGUCCCGAGAUGCCUCCGACGAGGAAGACGCCGGCAAUGGCAAUCUUAGUGAUGAUACAACCCAGAGCAUCAAUUCGAUCGAUGCACUCCUGGAAAGCGACGAUUUCAACGAACAGACCACCGAGGUCAUUCGACAAGAACUGACCGAUGCGAUUGCCGAUCUCUUGGAACGAAAAGGCAGUAGCACCAAAAGCCGGGAAGAUUCCUUGAGCACCUAUGUCAAGUGUCUGACCUCGCACUAUCUGGCCGAAAUCCUGCAUGGCCGUGUGGCCGACUUAUUGGGAGCAUUUGGUCGGAGCAUCAAGGCCGAGACGAGCGAGAAAGAGACGACACUGGCCCUGAGAGCCGUGGCACUCACCGCCAUCACGUUUGCAGACAACACCCUCUAUGAGAUGGUAUCCGGGGUGCUGAAACGCAGUAUUUCAGACUCCCAGUCCUUAGCGGUCAAAGCAGAAGGCAUCUUCUCCUUGGGCAUCUGCCUCUCCUUUGGUGGGGCCGGGGAAGAAGAAAUUGCCGAGUUCAUGACAUUCUUACUCGAGAUCGCUUCGAGCGACGGUGCCUUCAUUGGGGCUGAUGACAACGCCGAAGUGGUGGCGGCCGCACUAAGUACCUAUGGGUUCUUGGCCACCCAGAUCGAGGAUGUGGAGGAAGAAUCGGAAGACGCAGUAGCCACGUUUCUCGACCAGCUGGACGCCAAUGACGUGCGGGUGCAGGUGGCUGCGGGAGAAAACAUUGCGCUGCUGUACGAGAAGAGCUACACACCACGCGAAGAGGACGACAGCCCUUCGUCGGAAGGGGAAGACGAAGAGACUGGAAACGGAUCCUCUGAAGAACUGGGCGGAGGGCGGGACGACUCGGGGCUGGUGAAGCGAUACAACGCGUACCACAACACGCAUGAAGUGGUGGAAAAGGUGACGGCGUUGGCGUCGCUCAGUACCAAGGCGAUGCAUCGGCGCGACAAGAAAAUGUUACAUCAAGCAUUUGCCCGGAUCUCGGUCACGGUGCAGAAUCCCAAGCUUGGACUGCAGGCCAACAACGCAUCCAAGAUGGUGGUGCGAAUCCACCGAGAAGGAGAAAUGCGGGUGGACAAGUGGUGGAAGUUGAUGCGAUUGAACGCGAUUCGACGAUUGUUGGGCGGCGGGUUCGUCAAUCACUAUUUCGAAGGCAACAAGCAAGUGCUGGACGCGCUGCCGAUGCUGAUGCGCUCGACAGGGGACGAGGGCAUGCGCAGUCCCCGGAAAGCAGGGAGCAACAAAGGUAGCAAAGGACGAUAUCGAGACAGUCGACGCUUUGUUUCAGGAGACUUCCUGUCGGCGGAUGAGUAG